GAGAGAGAGACCGAGUAUUCAUUUCAUUAACUGUUGUUGUUAGAACAAAUGGGAGAAGUGAAGCUAAUUGCAUGUCCUCAAAGCUUUCCUUGUGCAAGAAUUGAAUGGGCUUUAAAGUUAAAAGGGGUUGAAUAUGAAUACAUGCAAGAAGAUCUAUUAAACAAGAGUACUUUACUUCUUGAAUCCAAUCCUGUCCACAAAAAAGUUCCAGUGCUACUUCAUGAUGGAAAAUCAAUUGCAGAAUCACUUGUCAUCCUUGAGUACAUAGAUGAGACAUGGAAGAACAGCCCUUUGCUACCACAAGAUCCAUAUCAGAGAUCAUUAGCUCGUUUCUGGGCAAAGUUUAUUGAUGAGAAGUGUUUGGUUAGUGUAUGGGGAGCCUGUGUGGCACAAGGAGAAGAAAAGGUAAAAGCUGUUGAUGCUGCAAUGGAGUUACUAGCAUUUCUUGAGAAGCAUAUUGAAGGGAAAAAGUAUUUUGGUGGAGAGAAGAUAGGGUAUCUUGAUAUUGUAGCUGGUUGGAUAUCCUAUUGGCUUAAUGUUCUUGAGGAGCUUGGAGAAGUUGAAUUAGUCAAGGUUGAGAAUUUUCCUUCCCUUUAUGAGUGGGGUCAUAACUUCAUCAAAACUUCACCUAUCAAAGAUUGUGUUCCACCAAGGGAAACUGUGGUUGAAUAUUUUAGCUUUGGGAUUAACUAUGUUCGUUCCUUGGCGUCGCCUAAGGAAUAGAGUAGUCAUCGAUUUAUAUUAGUCUUAUCAAAAUCUGAAUAUUGAUUACGUUUUGACUUUUGUAUUUGGAAUUCAAUUUAUCAAAGUCGAAACGUGGGGUGUCGGUUCUUGAUUCGAUUGUGUUAAGGAUAUAAAUGAUGGUUUUAGAAUCUGAAUUUGAGAAUGAUUUUUUUUUAUUGAACUAGGUUUUGAAUGCAAGACAGGAAAUGGGACUAGUAUACAUAAGUCAAUAAGUUUAUGUUGUUUUCUUUGGAGUUUGUGUGGUGUUGAUUAUCUUAGCAGAUUUUCUAUGUAUAAUAAGAUUUCUAUGUAUAAUAAGUUUUCUGUUCUA